AUGGACACUGAAACGAAUUAUCACCACAAAGAAAAUAAGAAAAUCGCGGCCGCCGUUUCAUGUGCUAUUCCGCAACGAAAACCAGCUUUAAGCAACGGCGUAGUCGAACGGUACACACUCGUGAUCCAUGGAGAAGAAAUCGUCCAUACAUUAGCUGGAAGUGUUACAGGAAAGAAGAUAAAAGUUCUUUAUAACGAUGUUUAUGCAUAUUUAGGAAUUCCUUAUGCACAGCCUCCAAUCAGUGUUAUCCGGUUUCGAGGGCCACAACCCAUUUUAAAAUGGAGUGGACUAUUAAACGUUACAGUAAUGACACCUAUUUGCAUGCAAGAUCUUGUUUUUCCUGAUUUCGAUUGGGUUCAGCGCAAUCGUCGCUACAUGAGUGAAGACUGCUUAUAUUUAAAUAUUUGGGUCCCUGCUAAAAAGCCAUUAUCACGACCGUCCACUACUAUGGUAUGGAUUCACGGUGGAGCAUAUAACACAGGAGGAUCGAACAUUCCUGUCUACUAUGGGCAUGUUUUAACUUCAAUUGGCAACGUUAUUGCUGUCUCUCUUAAUUAUCGUCUAGGUUCAUUUGGAUUUAUGAAUUUAAAUGACAGCAGAAUGCCUGGAAAUAUGGCAAUGUUAGAUCAAGUUGUUGCCUCGCAGUGGAUCUAUAAUAAUAUAGAAUGUUUUGGUGGAAACAGAAAAGAUAUCACUCUAUUUGGACACAGUUCUGGGUCUAUUUCAGUUUUGAAUCAUUUGUUAUCACCAUUGUCGAAUAGAAUAAUCAAUAGAGCUAUUCUUCAAAGUGGCUCAAAUUAUAAUAGUUAUUUUACAUUAACUCCCGAAAUAAACGAGAAAACGACAAAGCUGAUUGCCAUGUAUGCUGGUUGUAAUAGUACAUAUAGAACUAAAAAAUAUCUAAUAGACUGCUUAGUAAGCCAAAAAACUGACAGAAUUGCCGCUGCCGAAAGAAAAUUUCAAGCAGAUAAUGACGCGUUUUUUUCUUAUUCACCAGAAGUCGAUGGCCAUUUCCUUCUCGAAGAUCCUGUAAGCAGCAUCGACGGUGGUGCAAUACAUGGCUCUGAAGUAAUGAUUGGACACCUUGAAACAGAAGGUUCUCCAACGUUAUUAUAUUAUAAGCAUGAAUUUCAAAGAGAAAAUUAUCCGAAAUUGACAAAUCGGAGGCAGAAUAUAUUUUGA